UCUAUGACAUAACCAAAAAUAACAUAACCUGUAUAAUAUUAAUUCAUAGAACCAAGAAGUUAAAACCAAUAUUUCGUUUUAGCAAAAAUGUCUGCAGCAUUUAAAAAUGCGAAAAAGAAGUUGCCGCAAUCAGAGCUUCGACGUAUUAUGAAUGAUCACAAAAUUAAAAAAACCACAAAGAUUGAAUCGCCUCUUGCAAAAUAUCCUUUUCUACUCAUUGUAAUUAGAUUGCCUUCGCUAUAUUUUUUCUUAACUUUGAAUAAGUAUAACGAUUUAGGUCAGCUAACGUGCGUCCUCUGUCAGUCCAUCGUUCGAUCGGAAGGAGUGUGGAAUGUUCACAUUAAUUCUAAACAACACCGCGAUAAAGUGGAGGAAGCUAGGCGGCUGAAAGAAACCACCAACAACUUCACCACAAAUCCAAAGAGAUCUCUCGAAGUGCCUAUAGAAGUUCCCACGAAAAAGAUAAAGGGCAUUUUAAAAAAUUCAAAGACCUCAACUCACGACAACGAUGCUUCCAAUACAGAAAUCAGUAGUAAUGUUGGUAAUGCGGUUACGUUUAAAGAAGUAAGUGUGGACCCUGUGAGCAAUAAGCAAGAUGAACAGAUGGUCAUUGAUCCAAAAGAUGACCAAUCUGCCAUUCCAGAAGGAUUUUUCGAUGAUCCGAAACAGGAUGCUAAAGUGCGGCAUAUUGAUUACAAAGAUCCUGUAGAAGAAGAAUGGGAAAGAUUUCAAAAAGCAAUCAGAGAUGCUAAUAACGAAAGUGCUAACAUAAUCGCUGAAGACCACGAAGAAGCAACCAACGAGCGUCAGAUAGAUGAAAUUGAUGAACAGAUGAAAAACUGGUCCAAAGUUUUAACAUUAGAAAAGAGAAAAUUGGAACUUACAACGACAACAAAUACUUUUGAAAAUAUGGAUGCAGAUUUAUCGGAAGAUAGUGCAGAUGAUGUUGAAUUUGAGGAAUAUGUAGAUUGGCGAACAAAAAAGUUUUUAAGGUAAUGCAAGAGAAAAGGACUUUGUAUAUUAACCUUAAUCUUAGGUUUCUUUGUAAGUGAUACAUAAAUAAUAAGACAUGA